UUAACGCCAAAGCCUCACCAUAUGGGAUAUACUGCGGGCUUUGGCUUAAAAUCAGGGGGACGAAUAAUUAAUUAGCCGACAGCAAGUAGCAUUAAGUUUUCAAAGAAGAACAAGCGAUGAGCUAAGUAUAUUCUGCUGCUGCUUGUAUAAAAAGAAGAUGAUAUGGGAAGCUUAUUCUCAUUUAUCAACAAGAAGCAAAAGAAAACAUCAGUCAUAGAUGGUAGCAGUAGCAGAAACAGAAGCAUAGCCAUAGACAGAAGAAGAGCAGCUGAAGAAGCUUCUUCUUCGCAUGAAGAACCUUGGAAUUCCUCCAUACCCAAAAUCUACAAAUCCAUGAGUAAUAAUAAACUAGAAACAGAGAAGAAGCCUUCUACUCACCAACAGAAGCAUAAAUAUGCCUUCAUACCUGAUCGUUUUAAGACUCUGGACGAGGUUACAACUGCAUUGAGAAAUGAAGGUCUAGAGUCAUCAAAUCUCAUUCUCGCAAUUGACUUUACCAAAAGCAAUGAAUGGACAGGAAAAGUUUCAUUCAAUAACCGAAGUCUACACCACAUUGGAGACGCUCCAAAUCCAUAUGAAAAGGCCAUCUCUAUAAUUGGAAAAACUUUGGCUCCUUUUGAUGAAGACAACUUAAUUCCUUGUUUUGGAUUUGGUGAUGCUACCACCCAUGAUCAAGAAGUUUUUAGCUUCCACAGUGAUCGUUCAUCUUGCCAUGGUUUUGAAGAAGUUUUGGCAUGCUAUAGAAGAAUAGUUCCAAACUUGCGCCUGUCAGGGCCAACUUCUUUUGCUCCGGCUAUUGAAGCUGCGGUGGACAUUGUUGAGAAAAGUGGUGGCCAAUACCAUGUUUUGGUUAUCAUUGCAGAUGGCCAGGUUACAAGAAGUGUAGAUACAAGUGACAAGGAGUUGAGUCCACAAGAGGAGAAAACGAUAGGGGCGAUUGUCGACUCAAGUUCAUAUCCACUCUCGAUUAUCCUUGUUGGAGUUGGUGAUGGUCCUUGGGAAGAUAUGAGGAGAUUUGAUGACAAGAUCCCUGCACGUGAAGUCGAUAACUUUCAGUUUGUUAACUUCACUGAGAUUAUGAAUAAAUACACAACUUCAGCUGAGAAAGAAGCAGCGUUUGCUCUUGCGGCGCUCAUGGAGAUCCCAUUCCAAUAUAAAGCGGCUGUUGAGCAUAAUAUACUUGGACGAGCAAAAGGAAGGGCGAAGAAGAUCGUUCCACGCCCUCCACCAGUUUCGUAUGUUCCCCGUGCACCGACAAUGGGUCAAGCAAGCAGCUUUUCAAGAACAUCCACGGCAGAUGAACGCAACGAAAUGGCAUGCCCAAUUUGCCUAACUAAUGCGAAAGACUUGGCCUUUGGUUGUGGUCACAUGACUUGCAGGGACUGUGGGUCAAGAAUUUCCUCAUGUCCUAUAUGCCGCAUACCCAUAAGCAACCGGCUUAGGAUAUACACUGGCUAAUUACAUCAAGAGCAUUGAUUAUAUAUAUAUAUAUAUAUACAUAUAUAUAUAUAUAUGUAUGUAUAUUUAUUGUGAAUGUUUGGGAUUUGGGAGUGGCUUUUGGAACUUGGGAUCAAGGUGUUGGUUUGACCAAAUUGUAUAUACUUAUGUUAUGUAACUUAGACGUAUUUGAUUCUGUUUAUGCGGUUAUGGUGAAAAUGAAUACAACAGCACUUAUCAAA